UCAGUCCGUUCCAUAUCCUUAUACACUUAUACCGUCACGAUAUGCGUCUGAAAAAAGAGCACUGACUUGUUAUUUCUUCUCCGUGCAUUCCAGAUGUUUUUCGAGUCGUGGAAACAAAACGGAGCCAGCAGCCUAAUAUCCUGGUGCGACUCCCGCGACACGCCGCUGUUCAGAAAGAGCACACAGACAACGAGAUGGUCGCGAGGCCACGCCACUACCUUCGAGGGCGCCCAUCAGCGAUAUAGCAACGCGCCGCAACCAUGCGAUAUAGCUUCCGUGCAUAUUCCGCAAAGCGCCUUCACCUACGAUAUAAUACUGUUCGCACUGCCGCAUGAGAAGCCCGUUUACCGCCGCUUGUUGCUGGACUUCCACGGCAAUUUGGAUGCAGUAUCGGAUGAUAUCGCGCAACUCCUGAACUUGCCAAUAACACCCUAUUACGACGAAGUGCGCCUGCCCAACGGCUCUGUUGCGAAGCCUACGGGAGUGACAGAGGUCAAAUGGCAGAUAUACGGCGGCCGGCAUCGGCAUACGGCCAAGCUUUUUGUUAUCCCGAAUAGCCCUUUCGAUAUGGUCCUGGGGGUAUCUUCAAUUCGGCGAUGUAAGCUUUGGAAAGACGAUCGCGAUAUACGGACAGGACUCAAGUAUAAUACGAACAAGCGGCUUGUCUAGAUGGAUUUUGGGUGUAUAUAACGUUGGGCUUUUCAUGUUGAAAGAAUGAUACGGUUUUGUCAAUUCUAUUAUUUGCUACAUCAGCCUGCAUACUAUACAUCAG